AGGUAGCGGGGCCAGGAAGCAGGGGCCAGGCAGUACGGCGCAGCGGCACCAGAUCCGGGCGUCCGAAUGCCGAGCGACCGGAGAGAGCGCCGCGGACAGCUGGGCCUGGCGGUGAGUGCGGGACUCCGGCCUGUGCGCAGGCGCCGGGCUGGGUACCUGCCGCUCGAGCGACCCAUUGCUUGGCGCCUCGCGAGCGCCUCUAGUCUGCGAAGCCCCUUCCUCCGCACGCGCCGACUCCUGAGUCCCCGGCCUGGUGCAGAGGAGCUGCAGACUCGGGGAUCACGGCUGGAGGUUCUGGAACCAGAAAGGGGAGGCUUCAGCCCUAGGCGGGGGCAGAAUUGCAGCCUCCGGCUGCCGCAGCCUCGGACCUGAGUUGCCCGAGCCGCUGCGGGUCCCGGCAGGGAGAGGGCGAGGCUGAUGCGAACAUCUCCGCGCUCAGUUUUCUGGACUUGCUGCAAGGCGGGCAGGUGCAGCCGCUAAAGACCUCUCCCUAACCCGGUGCGGUGCACUCUGCUACGCUUCCCUCCUCAGCCCCAUUCUCCGGUCUCAUUGCUGCCCCGGGGCCCAGCUGCCACUUGUCUGGCGAUGCUCUCACACUUUGGACUCUUCUGACAUUAUUGAGCUGACGCUUUGGGACAUCAGAUUCAGGUCGUAUGGGGAGAGAAGCGUGUGACUUUGCAAGGUGUGAUGUGGAAACCCUGGUCUGUCACUCAACUCCGCUUGAUCAAAGGCCAGUAGGGUGGUGUCUCUGGCCUGAUACAGUGCUGCUAUUUGUUACUGAGAUGGGAAACGAAGGAAUAGAUCACUGAAGCGAGGUUGGCUGUCCUUGUUACCCUGGAAUCGGAUUGUCCCGAGGGGGCAGUCAGGAAGAAUGGUAUAAAAAUGAGAAAACAUCAACCCGUGCUUUGAAUGUGGCAAGAAAAGAAGAAGCGUUGUCAUGAUUGCUUGAAUUCAGGACUUUACACUGGAAGGAAAGUUAGAGGAGUCCUUUGAAGAAAAAUGUGCCUCUUAAAUCAACCCCAGCCUCUCCUCCAUACAAAGAACUCUUAAUGAUACUAGCAGAAAAGAAACAAAUUCAGCUAAAAGCUCGUCUGCAGAUCAGAAGAACAAAGACAUGGAGUUUUGAGGAGUGAAGGUAGCAUGGCGUCGGCCAUGGGUGAUCAAGACACAGCCAGACAAUGUGGAUCAGUUUCUUCAAACUACGGCUUUUCUGCUGUCUGCUUGCAGUGCUGAUGGUGGUGGUGCUGGUCAUCAAUGUGACUCAGGUAGAGUACUUGGACCAUGAGACUGUUUCAGCCACGUUCAUCGAUAGUAGUGGACAGUUUGUUUCCUCCCAGGUGACAGGAAUUAGCCGGAAUCCUUACUGUGGCUAUGAGCAUCAGACUCUGUCCAGCCGGGAGCGCGUGGAGGAGGACUCCUUGCUGGCUGCCUUACAGUGGCAGGUGCCUGAUGUGGGUCCAGUCCCCUUUCUGAAGAGCACUGACCCUUCUUCCAGCUACUUUGUUAUCUUGAACUCUGCAGCCUUCUUCAAGGUGGGAAGCCAGCUAGAAGUGCUGGUUCAUGUACAGGAUUUUCAAAGAAAGCCCAAGAAAUAUGGUGGAGACUACCUGCAGGCCAGAAUCCACUCCCCAAAGCUGCAGGCAGGGGCUGUGGGCAGAGUGGUAGACUACCAGAAUGGGUUUUACAAGGUCUUUUUUACUUUGCUCUGGCCGGGCAAAGUUAAAGUGUCCAUAUCUCUCGUCCACCCCACUGAAGGGAUCAGAGUUCUUCAGCACCUACAAGAAGAGAAACCACACAGGGUCUAUUUCAAGAGUCUGUUCCGUUCAGGAAGAAUUUCUGAAACCACGGAGUGCAAUGUGUGUCUUCCUGGCAGUCUGCCCCUGUGUAACUUUACAGAUCUCUACACUGGAGAACCCUGGUUCUGCUUCAAACCAAAGAAGCUCCCUUGCAGUAGUAGAAUUAACCAUUUCAAAGGUGGAUACCUGAAGGGCCUUCUAACGGCUGCAGAGAAUGCUUUCUUCCAGAGUGGUGUUAAUAUCAAAAUGCCAAUCAACUCCAGUGGACCUGAUUGGGUGACUGUGAUUCCCAGGACAAUAAAAGAAACGAACAAUCUAGAACUAUCUCAAGGCUCAGGAACUUUUCCUUCUGGGUAUUAUUACAAAGACCAGUGGAGGCCCAGAAAGUUUAAGAUGCGCCAGUUUAAUGACCCCGAGAAUAUCACAGAAUGCUUACAAAGAAAAGUGGUGUAUUUAUUUGGUGACUCAACAAUCAGGCAGUGGUUUGAAUACCUUACUACAUUUGUUCCAGAUUUAGUGGAGUUUAACUUGGGUAGUCCCAAGAAUGUGGGUCCUUUCCUUGCGGUGGACCAGAAGCACAACAUCCUGCUCAAAUAUCGCUGCCAUGGUCCACCCAUCCGUUUUACAACCGUCUUUAGCAAUGAGCUCCAUUAUGUGGCAAAUGAGCUGAAUGGCAUCGUGGGCGGGAAGAACACCGUGGUUGCCAUAGCUGUAUGGUCUCAUUUUAGCACCUUCCCCUUGGAAGUGUACAUCCGGCGGCUCAGGAAUAUCCGUCGAGCAGUGGUCCAGCUCCUGGAUCGAAGUCCUAAGACCGUGGUAGUCAUCCGAACAGCCAAUGCCCAAGAGCUGGGGCCUGAGGUGAGCCUUUUCAACAGUGACUGGUACAACUUUCAGCUGGACACCAUCCUUCGGAAGAUGUUCUCAGGGGUUGGAGUGUAUCUUGUUGAUGCCUGGGAGAUGACCCUGGCUCAUUAUUUACCCCACAAGCUACAUCCAGAUGAAGUUAUUGUGAAGAACCAACUGGACAUGUUCUUGUCCUUUGUGUGCCCCUUGGAGACCUAGCCUGCCCUGGAGGGGACUGGAGGACUCGUAUUACCUGCAGUACAGGAAGUUUAUGGCUGGCCCCAUGGAGAGAUGGCUGCUAUUGACAUGAACACAAUUUCAAAAGGAACUGGACUUUAUAUAAGACUUAUAAGGAGCUUAGAAAAUGCAGGAUGCAUUUAUGUCUACCUACAGGAUUUUUUCCAAUCUUUACAUAGCCAUGGGAGAACCAUUAUUAACAACAUCUACGCAUUGUAUUGCCCUUGUAACCAAAGAUGCUAGUGAGUGUGUUUGAAUUAGCCUCUCCUGAGAGGGGAGAUUAUUAUGCUAAAAACUGUGAAAAGUGUUCUGACCUAAGUGGUUGGUAGUGGAGUGUUUGUAGCUUAUCUGGUAAAGGAGAUUGAGCUUAUCUGUAUGAAUAGCACAGUUGUUCCAUCUUUGGUGGGAUGAACUAAUAAGGCUUCUGGUCAGUGGCUCCUGUAACACACUGGGGACUGCUGUGUCUCAAGAGUUUCUUUCAGUGAUCCAUCUUUUCUGAAUUGCUUGAAUAGGCCAGUAUCCUUGGUCAGAACUUUCUAGUGAGAAUAUUUACAAUAUCUUGCUUUUAUCUAGAAAAGAAGCAAAAGGAAAAUAUGAAAGCAGUACACAAAAUCUGUGUGUCGAAUUGACACUUGCACUGGGGGAUAGUUACUUAUUUCAGUUAAAUUUUACAUGAUGAAUACUUUAAUCACUUUUGGAACUGGAAGGGGGAAUCUAUAAAUGGAAAUUUAUUUUUGUGUUUUGAAGUUUGAGGGUUUUAAGAACUGAAUUUUAUGUAAAGAAUGCUUUUGUUUAUUAUAAAGUUGUAGAAGUUACUUCCAUCAAUUUCACGUGUUUCUU